GACUCAAUCCUUGGCAAGAGUUCCGGAUGAGUGGAUGCAAGAUGCAAGAAGAGAAAGGUCGGAGGGGCUUGUUUUGAUGGGAAAUGUGCAACGACAUUGGAGGGCCCUGACGGGGAGAUGCCUAGAGAUCGCUUGUUGCCAAAGCUCUGCCUGAUACUUGACCCUGUCAAACAUUUUAGCCUGAUGUUGGAAAUUAGCUAAAGCCUAAGGACUAGCAAUGGACUAGCAACGCCUGAAGUUAUCAAAGCCUUCCUUUGGGUAUCUUGAGGCUUGUCCAUGUUGCAAAAAUAGAUGAAAUUGGUCCAGGCCUAGAUUCACCUUGUGCUGCUUGUCAAAAGCUGUCUGCAGAGUAGCAUGGGCAACCUUUUCUCAUGUCUGGGCUCUGGCCCCGAGCCAGAGAGGGUGGAACCCAAGUCUCCCCCAAAGCAGGACACCAAGCGGAGGACUCGGAGGAAGGUGGUGGCAACUGAGGACCCUGCCGAACCUGAGGGCCUCCGCCCGUUCAAGCGGCCCCCCUCCAAGCACCGCCAGCAAUGGGUGGAGCACAGCACGUCCUCCGGCACAACCGCGGGCAUCCGGCCCGGCGGCUCGUCUAUCAGCACGAUGGGAAGCAUGGUCAGCAGCAACACGCUGCCUGUGAACUUGGAACAGGAGAGGCGAGCACUGGGGAAGAAGGACUGGGAAGACGGCCUUCCGUCGCCGGUGCAAGAGAAUGGCCCCAGUUGGGAGCAGGUGGAGGAGCUGAAUGGGGAGGUGUCGGACCUGAGGCAGCGGCUGAUGCACGAGAAGGAGGAGGCAAACAGGCUCAAGCUCAUGGUGGAGAAACUCAGAGUCAGCAACAGUGGUGUCAGAGAGGCGUCGCCGGAUGCCGUGCUGACUGGGACACCCCUUCCCCCUGGUCCCGAGCAAGGCCCGCUCUCGUCUGUCCUCGCAACACAGAGGUCAGCGCAGCAAGACACCUGCGAGUCGGUGGUCGGUGCAAACGGUUCUCCAGAGCAAAUGAGCCGGCUGACGGGAAAAGGGGUCGCAGAAAGGGAUGGCGAGCGGACUGAAGCGAAGCAGCCCCCAAGCAAGGGAAGUGGCCUGCUGGGACUCAGUCUGGACGCGCAAGACAUGGUGGAGUUAGGCUCUCCCAUUGUGUCGAGCCCACCCCGGGAACAGGCUCCACCAUCCCAGCAGAACAGCAAACCUUCGGAGAAUGAGCCGUUGCAGAGGGGUAGCAAGGAAGGAGGGGAGUCGGCUGAUGAUGGGAGCGGAGAACCAGAAAGCAGCUCGGAGAGGGACUACAGGAGCUCGGGGGCGGAAGGUUCUUUGGAGAAUGAUCGACGAGCCCGCAGAACUGCACCGCCACUUGGGCCGCCCAGCGGGGUGCUUAUUGCGCGGAGGAAGAGCCACGGGCCGUCCGGUGAACGCUCCCCGCAAGAACACAGUCACAGGAUGGACUCAAGCGGGGCCGGGAAGAGCUCUUUGACGGGCGCAGAUAUCGCGGAAGGGGCCACAGAACACCUGAAUGCAGCAAGCAACGCAAAACUAGGUGAAAAGGAAGCUGGUCCAGUUGGAUCGGCAGCGCAACUAGAGGAGGCAGACGCGGAAGCGGCCGCACGGCGGGAGGCGUUGCGGCGGCAGUCGAGGCAGGAUCGUGCAAAGGCGCGACUGGCGAGGCGGCAGGCCAAUCAGGCGGCGGAGGCAGCUGGGCGGUCCCCUACGAAAGAUGUUGUUCGGCAGCCCCUGGCAGAGUCUCACUUGAGCCAAUUAGCCCCCGCUUGGGAUGAAGAUGACGCUGCAGCUGAGUGGGCUGGUGGUUCCGUGCUCGGAGAUGGGCAUAGAGAGGGGGUUCUUGAAUGGCGGGGCCCCGGGGCGGGCCAACGGAAAGGAAACCAGACGAGGGUGGAUUCCAACCGAGCGGAAUCUGAUUCUGACAUGUCAUUUGGGGGCUGGCUUCCAGACACAAGGGCAGGAAGGGGCCGGGCUGACCACCUCCAAUCAGAGGCCACAAACAAACCCCUCAGGAAGGGAAGCUACAGAGCGAGCAGUCUGGUGGAUUCUGUCGCUGAGGAAGAACCAAGCGACUCCUUCAGCUUUGGGAAGCGGGGUCCUCCUUCGUUAGCGGAUGCUGCGAUUCAGAAGCUCGCCUCGCCAGCCAAGCUAGACAGCCCGGGGAAAAGGCCUAGCAGAACCAAGCGGGCCCAUAAGUCACCGAUCCCCUCCCCGCCUCAAGCCCCCGCCUUGCAGUCCGACGAUAGCAUGGGCCAGGAAGAAAACGAACGAAGAGAGCCUGUACAGUUGACUGGGGCUGAGUCGCCGAGCAAUCCGUUAACCACGAUCGAGCAUCCCGAACGCAGCCCUCGAGUCUCGUCCCCCUCCCAGCUUCUCAACACCCGCGAGCGGCUCGCUCUCAAAGGGGUUAUGGUGGGCGCCCCGGGGUGGGGGUCCCCUAAAGACAGGGCCCUCGGUGGAGCGUCUGGACGAGUAGGGGCCGAAGCCAGGGCGCGGAAGGCCCUGUGGGAGCCGGAGACGAAGGCCGAGGAACUGCUGGAGCGGGCCCGGCAGCUCACUACAGGGGCCCUUUUGCACAGCCCGGAAGCUCCUGAGGAGAUGCCCCCCCGAAUCUCGAGCAGAGAAGCCCAACACGAUCCGCCGGAAAGGGUCCUCGCCUCCCCAACAAAGCUCCGACCCUGGAGAUCCGGUGCAAACGAGCACGCGCCAAGUCAAUCCCCGCAACUCUUGCCGCCAGCUGUCGAAGCUGAGGUGCCAGCUGUCCCCUCCCUCAGCCCCCUGCGCAGGCACUCUGGCAAGGGCCAAGACGCAUUGCAGCAUCAGCCGGAGACUCCGACCGUGCAACGACCACUCCCGACCAGCCACGUGGCAGGCCAGAGGCAGCCGGCGAUUGAGGCCCCGGUCCCGCGGCGCGCGGUGUCUGCACGCACGACGGCGUCGGCGGCCAGCUCGGCCGGCAGCGAGUCGGUUCAGGUGGACAACCCGUUCAGGAUCGGGCUGACGUCGAGUCAGGCGUCAGUGCAAAGGGGUCCCGGUAGCGCAGGGGUGACGGUGGAUCAGCCUCAGCACCAUAGGACCGGCGCAGGAGCACAGGUGACCCGUGUACUCGCCCGCACCUCUUCCGAGGUCGAGUCCCGCAAGCCGCCGGUACCGGAGCCAAAGGUCGCUCGAAGCCGUUCCUUCGACGCUCCAAACCCUAAAUCUGCGCCAAGAACGGCGCCCCAAGCCGCCGCUCACAGCGGCCUUCCCCCGAGACCCACCCCUGCGACCGGUAGCAACCACCCGGGUGGCGGCCUCAGUCGAAUUCCACUCGCUCCGCACCUGAAAGUGGACCACCGCCGGCCCAAAUCGGAGCAACUGGAGACGGACGCUGUCCCGUCACCCUUCCGGACGCGGGAGAGGCUGCCCAAGGACUCGUCGGACGAGCUGCACCGGACGUCCGAGCAGCCGCGGAAAGUCACCAAUGACGCCGCAGAGAACUCCCCGGAAACCCCCCCGGGCGCGCGUGCAUGGGCCAAUCUUCAGGAAGUGGGCCAGCUCAGGGGGAUCCCCCGGGACGACGCCCACCGGGCGCGGCCCAGCUCGUCGAGCCAGAGCGCUGUCGAGCCCCCGGUGGGGCCCCCGAGCAAGCCGAAGCACCGGCGGCGGCACUCGCACGGCAGCAACGGCGAGCUGGACGCCUUCUCCGCGCUCCCGGAGUUCAAGGAGAAUGCGGACCCGCGCCCGAGCGACGAGGAUGACGUCAUGCGGCGGCUGGCGCGGUCCCGCGCGAGGAACCUCUCUCGGGGGGGCAGCUCCGGGGAGGAAGGUGGGGGGGGGACCGGGAUGUGGGAGGUGCAGGAGAACACGGUGGAGGUGCCCGGGGGAUUCGAGGACCCGGGGACACCGACGCCGGUGCUUGCGAACGACGGACGGGGCAUUCCGAACCGGACGGACAAGUACAAGGAGGACCAGAAAGUGAGGGUUCACAGCACGCCCUUUGAGAUCCGAGUUGAGAGGGUCAUUGCCAAGCAGGAAAUGAAGCAACGGCGAAUUCAGUUCCCUAACUUGAUCAGUAACAUGGGACCUUGCACUAUAUGAGUUAACGAGCGCGAAGACCGCCUUGCGUUGACUAGGUAUUGGUAGAGAAUAGGCAGAACGCUCUUGCUUUCUGCUUCUAACCCGAUGAGCACCCGAGGUAAACUCUCUAGACUGCAGAAACAGGACAUCAGUUACCAAGCCCCGCACCAUAGAAUAGGAUGGCUUCCUUUCUAGCGUGCAGCUAGGGUUGGAGUAGGGUAGAUAUUUCCUUUCCUUGUUCGAGAAGGUAAAGGCUGGCAUCGUUCAACUCACGCGAGUCGCUUUGUUGAGACGGUCUUCUUUAAUUGGAGUAUGUGGCCC